GACCGCGCCCAACCCGGAAACGAUGUCCCCAGCUGCGGCAGGAGGUGAAAUGAAAACAAGCGGAGGUGAAACUUGAGAUGCGUUUGGAGCAGCGUUCGGAGGAAUAAACAAUCCUAAACUGAACCAGUGUGCUGGGAAACGCUGGUAUCUGCCCGUGACGCCAGGUGGACUAUGCUCUACAACAGCCACGUCUGUGUUUUCCUGUUGGGCUUGUACUCUUGCGGACUUCUCCCAUAUGCGUCUGCCUGCAGACAUGAACCAGAGACUCCAGACUGGAGGAUGACUUUAAAAACUAUCCGUAAUGGAAUACACAAGAUUGACACUUACCUGAACGCAGCACUGGACUUGUUUGGUGGCGAUGAUGGACUUUGUCAUUAUAGGUGUAGUGAUGGUUACAAGCCGGUGCCUCGUCCCGGGUACAAACAUCCACCACCCAACGGAUGUGGAUCCCCGAUGUUUGGAUUUCAGUUUGACAUUGGUAUCCCAUCCAUGACCAAAUGUUGUAACCAACAUGACCGCUGCUAUGACACCUGCGGCCGUGAGAAGCACGAAUGUGACAAGCAGUUCCAGGACUGUCUCGAGACCAUCUGCAGGAAUGUGCAAAGGACUCUGGGAUUGGCCCAGAGUGUCCAAGCAUGUGAGUCAGCAGUGACUCUGCUGUUCGACGCUGUUAUGCACUUGGGAUGUAAGCCAUACCUGGACAGCCAGAGAGAGUCUUGUGUGUGUCAGUAUGAAAUCAAGAGGGAACUGUGACAACACCACAGGAUCAAGACUGUGGAACGGACUAAUUCAAAAGCACAACACUGACAGAUGGAUGCCAGCAAUAAACUUUUCUUUCAGACUCGUAGAUUUUCUCACAGUUACUGCUUCUUUGGCCUGCACUGACUUGUUUCCAUCUUAUCCCUUGUAUUGGUUUUGACAUUUUUGACAAAGUGAAACUACUUUUUAGAAUGGACAAUCAAUAUCUUUCCUAUGUAGUUAAUAUUUAUGUUCUGUUAAUGCUGUAUAAUGUGUUUGUCCUGUGGUGGAGUGGAAAAGGGGUGUUUUCGGGGUUUAACUGGCUUCUGGAUGUUUGGGUGGCACCCAACACUUUAUUUUAUGGCUUUGUAAAUUCCUGAUAAUUUCUUAAGACGUUUUGUGGUAAAAGAAAACAUAGACAGUGUUCAAUAGGCAAACACAUUGCUAAACCUGGAAAAACAGAAUGUUUGCUUUUAUUUUGUGCACGGCGGCUCUGUAAAACAUUUAGAAAUGUGAAAUUUGUCCACAAAAUUUAAUAAAAUAUUUGAAGAAUAAAGUUUUCAAUAAUAAAU